UUGUGUCUUCUUAUGCAGGGAAUGCAUCAAGGCCCUACCCCAGUGGACUGUGCCCAGACCUGGAGAAAGCAGGACUAUCACUGUAACUUGUCAUCUUAGAAUCUUCAGCUAUCUGUGAAGGAGAAAAUGAUGUGGAAAACAUUGCUGAUGGUGGAACUAGGGGGAACAGGGAGCCGGGCUCCCUGUGUACUCCCAUUCUUUUUCCCUGCUUUCCGGUAUCGGUCCUCUUCGGCUUUUGAUCAGCACCAUGAACUGGCUCGUGAGCGAUCCAAGACGGUUACCUCCUUCUAUAACCAGUCAGCCAUUGACGUAGCGGCAGAAAAGCCUUCUGUGAGGUUGACACCCACCACCAUGUUGUAUUCUGGACGUUCUCAAGAUGGGAGCCACCUGCUGAAAAGUGCCCGUUACCUGCACCAUGAACUGCCGGUCCGCAUUGCUCAUCGCAUCAAAGGUUUUCGGAGCCUCCCUUUCAUCAUUGGUUGCAACCCCACUGUCCUCCAUGUGCAUGAGCUUUACAUUCGAGCGUUCCAGAAACUGAGUGAAUAUCCCUCAAUCAAGGACCAAGAAUCUGAUAUCCAGUAUUGCAAACUGGUCCGGCAACUCCUAGACGAUCACAAAGACGUUGUGACGUUACUGGCUGAAGGGUUACGGGAAUGCCGCAAGCAUAUACAGGAUGAGAAAGUGAUUCGUUCUUUCCUAGACAAGACCCUCACCUCCCGCCUCGGGAUCCGGAUGUUAGCCACUCAUCACCUUGCCUUGCACGAGGAUAAGCCAGACUUUGUUGGGAUCAUCUGCACCCGCCUGUCUCCGAAGAAAAUAAUUGAGAAAUGGGUGGAUUUUGCCAGGCGCUUGUGUGAGCACAAGUAUGGGAAUGCUCCUCAGGUGAGGAUCAACGGGCAUGUUGCCGCCCGCUUCCCUUUCAUCCCAAUGCCUCUUGAUUACAUCCUUCCAGAACUCCUCAAGAAUGCUAUGCGUGCCACCAUGGAGUCCCACCUGGAUACACCCUACAAUGUACCAGAUAUACUCAUCACCAUUGCCAACAAUGACAUUGACCUGAUCAUACGGAUUUCAGAUCGAGGUGGUGGAAUCCCUCAUGAUCAGGUUGAGAAGGUAACAGAUUACCACUUCACCACAGCAGAGGCGAGUGCCCAGGAUCCCCGGAUGAAUACCCUCUUUGGCAACAUGGUGGAAAUGGGAAAUAGUGCCCAGUCCGGGCCCAUGCACGGGUUUGGAUUCGGGCUGCCCACCUCCCGUGCAUACGCCGAGUACCUGGGUGGCUCGCUAACCCUCCAGUCCAUGCAGGGAAUUGGAACAGACGUGUAUCUCCGCCUCAAACACAUUGACGGCAAAGAGGAGAGUUUUCGCAUCUAGAAGGAUCUCUCUCAGUGGGUUGGACUCUUGGCUGCUGGAGAAAGCUCAAGAUAUACACCAAAUCUAGUUCCUGUUGGAUGCAUUCAUUCUCCUAUGGAUCCUGAAGAAGGAAUUAUGCUAUUCUAGUGAAGCUGUUGUCUCCUCUUGGAUGCUUGGCUACUGUGAGAAAGGAUUGUUUCCCCCCCCCCAAUGAUUCCUGUGCAAUUGCUGAUGGGGCACAACGUCCUGUGAGUUAUUCCGGUCCUUUCUUUGGGCAUGCUUUGUGGUGAAUGGCAAAUUCAGAUGAUUGAGAGAGCCUAUGGACAAAUCUCCGUCUGUCCCAUUUUAAAUGGGAAUAUUUAAAGCUACUAUAUGGCAUUGGAGCAAAGUUACUCUUUUGGUGCCCACCUGUACACUGCCAACUUCAUCCAAGUUCUGGUCCGCCCCAGUUUGGUUUCUAAUGGAUUCAAGGAGAUGUGAAGAGAAGUGUCUCACUAUUGCAUGUACUGAUCUUGCUGGGCCCUCUCAAGCCAUUCUUGGUCAAAAAGAAAAGACUUCCAUUGCAAUGUGCAGCACCAAAAAUUUACCCUUGCUACUUGACUCUCAGUGGAGGACGUCUUUUAAAGCAACCUGUUUGGGGAACCAAAUUAAUAAAUUUUUCUUCAGAAAUGACUUGUUCUCAAACUAGCACAACACCGAAUUGGACUCUCUGCCACCCACGGCAUGAACUCCCUGAUGGUUUCUCUCUUCCCUACAUAUUGAUAUCUCAUACUGCUGCCCUCCUUGUCUGUAUUUGAUCUUUCUGUUAAAAAUGUUACUUCAGGGAGCAGAAUAAGGGUUUUCUUUCUCUGCCUUUCCAUCUCCUUCUCAGCAUUAAAAGGAGGAGUAUGCAACUUUUUUCCCCUUGCUGUGAUCCUCCAAUAAAAGAAAUACAGAUUCCCAAA